AAUGCUAUUUGUCAUUUUGAUCAAAUUGUAAUCUCACAUCCACAAACCAAAAAUGAAAUCCAUACAGAUUUUAUCGACAAUUUUCAUGAUGGCCAUCAUUUUGAUCGAUUCAAUUCAAUCGACACAAAAUGAUUGGGAACCAAUUCUUCGACCAAAUUUAAGGCUAACAGAAUUGGCAAGAUUAUAUGGAAUGCAUACGAAGGUUGUUAAUGGUUGUAUCCACAAUAAUGAGGAAUCUGAAUCGUAUUAUGUUGAUUUUUGUCAUGAACUAGAAUAUUAUUUGAAUUCAGGGAAUAAAUAUUCCGAUUUUAUGAAUUAUUGUAUGGAAGAAUGUCUGCAGUUGCAUUCUUCACAACGGCCGAAUUGA